CCGGGUCAGAGGGAAAAGGUCGCCCGUCUCUUAGCAACGGAAUAACCGUCGCCGGCAAACAGAAGGGCGGUGAUGGCAAUACAGCCCACUGCAGAUUUUAAGAUAUAAGAAAAAUCUACAAAGAGUAAAACAAUGGCAACUGAAAUCAUUGUACCGCAUCAACAAUUAGAAUCCAAUGCUGAAGAGAGCAUCAGUAAAUCCUCAAAUAAUAAUGAUGUAUCUGUGCAAAAUACAGCGCCUAACAUGGAUGCACUACGAAUCUUGGAACCAGUUAGAAAAAAACUUGCGUCAAUUGAAGCAGAGCGGAUUAUUUCUGUAAUUGAAAAGACUAUUGAUAAAAUACAAAUAGUUACUUUAAUUCCCUACAUAAUAGCCAAUCAUGACAGGUUCAGUGUUGCUCUGGGUUUAGAGCUGAUGUGUGCUCUAAGAGAACAUGACAGACUAGAGAAACAUCUGAAUUUUGCUUUUGGCAAGCUGUUCAAUGUCGGGAAUCCUAAACAAGCAAAUGAGAAUUCAAUAGACAUAGUAAAAAUGAAAAAGAAAGAGGAAGAUAUUCAAAUCCUUCAAAAGGCCUUUGGAACUUCAGUUAAAAACAUCCUUCGGCUCUUUAAGAGGAAUCCCUCAGCCUAUCAGAUAAUCCAAUCAGAAUGUCAUGCUCGAAGUCGCAUCUGUGUAGACCUCACCCUGGUGCUAAUGGAACUAAGAGACUUUGUGUUUGAGAGACUUCUGAUAGCUCCCAGUGAGGAUAAAGAAAAGUUUGAAUAUGUGCAAAAAAUCAUUAAACGUGAUAAGCAAAACACUGAAAUUAUAGCCACUUUGGAGGUUGAACUGACAGCAGCUAUCCAAAACAAAGAAAAUGAGCUGUUGAAGAAAAAUGAGAUAAUUCGCAAACUCAAAAACAACUUACUUCAACUUGACUUGUUCUCGCAAGAUUACAUUCGUCAAGUUAAACAAGAUGCAGAGAAACAACAGUUAAAUGAUCAGAAAGAUUCAGAAGGGAAAGUUGCCAAAUACCAUGAAGAAAUAGCUCAGUUUCGAACUCAGUUGAACAACAUGAUAACAGAACACAGAGCAUCUGAAGUAGCUUUAAGAAAGCGAAAAUACAAAAUUGAAACAGAGAUUGAAAACUGGAUCCAGAAGUAUGAUGCUGAUCUACAAGAAAAACAGGAUGAAUAUGAACAGCUCCUUAAAAUACACAAAGAUGAACUGGUCCUGCUACGUGAGUUAGAACAGAAGAUUGGCAUGCUUGAACCAGAAUAUACUCAGAUUGUGGAAGAAAGAAAAAUCAAGGAAGAGAAGAAAAAGGCCAAAGAACAUCAAGCAUUCCUAAUGGGAAAAGCAGCUAUCACAAUCCAGUCUUUCUGGAAAGGUUACAAAGUCCGCCAAUUAAUGAAAGCAUUGAAGAAAAAGAAAAAAGGAAAAGGCAAAAAGAAAAAAUGAAGAUAGUGAGGAGAUUCAAGAGUAGAUUGAGAGAAAGAUACAAGAAAAAUAAAAGUGCAUAUCCUCCCUAUAUUUUUGUAUGCUAUUGAAAUAUCUUAUUUCUAUUACUGCAACCUGU